GGUCUAACAAAAUUAUUGGCUUGCUUCUGCUCAAACUAGCCAUGAAUUCGCUUUUUCGCCGGAGACCUGUUGCUGUACCGCGAACGGCUCGAGGAUAUGUCGUGUCCGUGAAGCUUCCCCGCGUGUACGAGGGCAAACCGACACCGCGUCGCUAUGGUAUACAGAAAACAUUCCUAUACAACCAAUAUACCCGCAUGCUCGAAGCUAGCGAUAAUUCCCCCAUAAUAUUCCUCCAACAUACAAAUUUCACGGCUCAGCGGCUACAGAAGCUGAGGCGGGAUAUCGCCGAUGCAAACACCAAAUUCUCUGUCUCGUUAUCCUCUCCAACACCUACUCCAGUUGAAAUCGAUGCUCCAACGCUAGCAGUGAUGCGGACUUCGCUUUUUGGUGUCGCAUUACGAGACUUUGCGCCUUUAGACGCGGACCAGGCAUCUCAAAUUGCUGGAUUGGUCAAAAACGGUCUUGCUGUCAUGACACUGCCAUCAUUCAACCCUCCCCAACUUGAUGCCAUCCUACGUGCACUUGAUCGCUCAGUGCCUCUGAAGAAACCAGAGGCGGAACAACCACAACCGACGAAGCCUCAUGAUGAUCCGAAUUUUAUUCCUGGAAGAAAGAUGCAGAGGGUGAAACCUGUCUUGACCCCAGAGCUGACAGUGAUGGGUGCUCUCAUCGAGAGACGGGUAUUUGGAAUGGAGGGUGUACGGGACGUGUCGAAACUCCCAACACUAGACACUCUGCGGGCGCAGAUAGUUGGGUUGCUGAGCUCACCAGCUGUACAGUUGGCUGCAAUUCUCAGCGAGGCAAGUGGAGGGAAGCUUGCGAGGACACUGGAGGGCUUGAAGAAGGGAUUGGAAGAAAGUCAGAGUGCGGAAGCUUCAUCAUAGCAUCUACUUCAUCAUUGCACCUGUGUCGACUGGCCUUACAUAGUUCACGCGCGCCACAGAAGAAUGGUUAAUAUCAAUCUUUGAGGCAAAACUCCCAUGUUCUAUCCUCCCCUCCUUCACCUGUUGUACCUCGACCAUGAGCUCUCUCGCCCUUUGUCAUGCGGUGUUCAUAUCCCUUCCACAUGUUCCUAUGAAAUACAAACGACCGCAGAAGCUUAUAUUGGGGGUUCGGUGGAGUCCCUAAUGAUGUAGGUU